AGGAGGAGCUUCAGUAGCUGCUCUGUGUACAUUGUCUGCAUGUCAUGUAAAUGACUUGGAGUCAACAGAGAGUUCCAGGCUUGGAACGGCGCUAUCUGCAGAAUGAGGCCCAGCUACAGUGUUCCAAAAUUCCUCACUAAAAUCUGGGAUUUGGUAGAGGAUUCCAAAACAGACGAUUACAUCUGCUGGAGUCAGGAUGGAGGCAGCUUUGUUGUGCUAGAUGAAGAGCGUUUUGCCAAAGAACUUCUACCCAGAUAUUUCAAGCAUAACAACAUGGCCAGCUUUGUCAGACAGCUCAAUUGGUAUGGUUUCCAUAAAGUUAUGCAUGAUGAGUCUGGUUCACUUAGGCAAGAGAAAUAUUGCUCAGGGAAAUAUCAGCAUGCAUUUUUCCAGCGUGGACAUGAAGAACUCCUCAUAAAUAUAAAAAGAAAGGUUCCUGUUCCUCGUAUGGAUGAAAAUAAAUCUGCACCAGAUGACAUGCACAAAAUAUUGGCAUUCCUUCAUCAGUUGCAAGGGCGGCAAGAUGCGAUAGAUUCAACAGUGGAAGCUUUAAAGAGGGAAAACGAGGCUUUAUGGAAGGAAGUUCUGCAGUUACGGCAAAAACAAUACCAGAACCAGCCACAAAGUGAAAAUGAAUCCCCUUCUCGGUCUUAUAACAGAAUGGAAACCGUACCAACUAACCAGACUCUCAUGAUUGACAAUACGGGGAACUACAAUAAUCUUGCAGUGGCUAAAACUGAACCAGGCACCACCAACCAGACCUACGAGAAUAAUUCACAGUGGAGAAUUAAUGGGAAUGUAACCAGAGGCACAAAACGAGCUUUUCAUCUAAGAGAUGAUUUGGAUAGUACUGCAGAAGACAGCAGUACCCAUUUAACAAGUAUUUCUCUACCUCAUGUGUUUGAGAGUUAUCAACCUGAUGACACUGACAAUCUCUCAGAUUCAUCCUUUAGUGAAAUUGAGGAAAUCACCAAUGAGGAUACUUCUCAUGAAGCUAACCAAUUGCCACAAAAUUCAAAGCCUUCUGACAGAAGCAAAAUAAAGAAAAUAAAAAUGGAGAGCAAGGCAGAGCAUCAAGAUUCUGAAACAGAAUUUAUAAUGGAUUACAGUGGAUCUGAAGACGCAGAUGAAAACCGGGCUGGCUCCAUAAACUCUGGGCACACAAGAAAGAGACGAAAAAUAUGCAGAUCCUCCUGUUGCAAGAUGGAAACCAUGCUAAAGGAAAUGCACAAAGACAACACAUCCUUGACAAGGCGUGUUUUAACUUUGGAACAACAGUCUUUUGAGAAACUUUCAGAGAUUUCAGCAGUGCUGUCUAAUUUAGCCAGCUUCAUCAUGCACACUGAUAAGAUGCCAAAAAAUGUGGUUCUGCCUUCUAUGACUGUAGAUGGAAAGAGAAUGCAACAUGAGGAAACCCAAACCCAGAGGUCCAAAUUUCAAGGCAAAAAGCAAAAUGAAUCUUAGCCCAGAUGGUUAUUUUUGCUAUUAGACCUCCUUUGCUAUAAAUAUUUCCUCCUUUGUUAGAAGUGUGGAAUUUAUAGCAUUAUUUUUAGAUGUUUUAUUUUUUUUGGAUUAUCUUAUCUUGUUGAGAGUUCCUUUUCAAUAACUGCAACAGUAUUCCUAGCCUAGCAGUUGGAGUAAGCUAGGUGUUUUAGUUGAAUGAAUGAGUAAAUCCAUUUAUAUGUUAUAAGGGAUGGACAAAAAAAAACACAAACACUGGAUAUGUUGAUCAUAAUAAUAUCAAUACAGCAUUGUUUGCUUUAAAACAUUGUGAGCUAACACUUUU